CUUGACAGAGAGUCCGCGUAGAGGGGUUUGAAACGAACGAAGGGGUGUACUCUGAAAGAGAGGGGCAGCAAAGGAAGGCGAAUAGUCGCCGCGGUGAUACCACCUCUCUCAGUUGCUCCUCGGUUUCCGGACUGCGUGGAUUGGCAGAAUAAUGCGUGCCGUGGCCGUAUGGACCGCUUUCGUGUUAGCGUACUCGAGCAGCCCGUUCGUGACCGGUAUACGAUACAUCGAUCCGAUCUCGCCGCAAUCAGGGAACACCGGCGACAUCGCCGAGAAGCGCGUUGACCUGACCGAGCCAACAUGCGAAGAAUUGAGGGCAAUGUGGAGGAAUACGAAACGGCAGAGCAGGGCUGCUAAAACCACCACCUUCUAUCCCGAUCCGUUUUCAUUCAAGCUCUGGAAACCUUAUUCCGAACGUUCCAAGCCCCCACUCAACUAUGUUGGAAAGUACACGGGAAGACCGCGUAACCGUGCAGGAGGUAGCGCCCCAAUUUAUGGAAGAAUGGUGCACAAAGCGCCAGCAGGCAGCAGGCUAAGAAACGGGAUGCGACAUUCGCCACGGCCAUUCGACAAAAUUCCACUCUCUAUCGGAACAAUCAAUUCCUACUCGCCAUCGUCAAGGCGUGUAAGCAGCUUCCGUACGGUAGGCGGUGGUUCUCCUCAUUUGGCCCAGGUACCGCAAGCCGGCAGUUUUCAGUAUUUAAAGGAAUUACUCCGUGCUGAGCGUGCUCGUGAACUACAGGAACAACACAAAGCCGAACUCGCUGAGAAGACAGCCACCUUUAAGGGCACCGUUGACAACGAGCAUUUCUUCAAUGUCCAGCAAUCGCGGAAGCAAUUUCUGAAGCCGGCGCUGCGAAUUCCGACGAAAGCCAAUUACGAAUUCGGCCAGGGACGGUACACACCGAACGUGCAAAAUAUUGGUCAAGUAUGGGCGAGGAGCGGUCCCCAGUCCCGUGAAUACUUGUUGCGUUAGUAUCUCAACGGACUGCCGAUAUCUCCAACCAAGAAGCUACCCCCAACGAUCAAUCGUAACGACUUCUCCAAUUGCGUUCGCGCACGCAAAACGAAAAGAUUCGUUAUCAGCUUUUAUCCGGCAAUUCCCCGUCAUCCCGAAAUUCGCGUGAAAUUGAGCGAAAUCCUUGCAGCUGAGUAAAACAGAGCUUCGGCGGAAGGGCUUUUUACUUUCGUUGUUUCUCCCCACCCCCGUCGUCCUUUUAAGAGAAAGAUUAUUCUUAAGGCUUUUAUUGUCUCUGGCGUCUGGAAUUCUCUCGGACCUCGGUCGUGUAUGUGUGUGUGACAUGUUGAAGGUGGAUUCACCUAUGCUCGAGCGAACAUGUGAAGUCAAUAAAUACGAAUGAAUUUCGAUGGAAGGUCGUAAACCACAGGGAGAAACGGCUUCGACAACACGCUACAGAAUGUAUAUUUUCUUAAUUCGUUUAAAACUCGCACAGAUUUAAUUGCGCGGCCGUGCCCGUGUUGCCUGUGUAGAAUCUUCCAAAAUACAUAUUUAAAUAUAAAAUUUAAUACUAUCUCUGGAAAUAUGGCUGCAGCGGCAACGUAAUCGCACCUUUGUGUCGCUGAGCGGAGAAAACACGAGCAGAACUUGCGCUAUUAUCUAUGUAUAUUUGUCACAAUAUACCAAUGUUAGUUGCGUUACAAUUGGACUGCGCAGUUUUAUGCAUUUUUUUUGGAAAAGUGCGCGAACGAUGCACAUGAUACACACGGAAAUACCCAAAGUAGAGAGUUGUAAUGUACAACAGAUAGAGAAAACGAACUUCCAUCUAAGUUCCUUGAAUAUGUUCGUAAAAAUUCACAUUACGCAUAAAAAUUCCGCGGUGUGAUUGUAAUACGUGAAUAUUACUUUUCAUAAAUUGACUGAAAUUUGUCUCUUCACACGGUACUAUGACAAUAAGGAGACUGCUAAGAUAGACUCUCUCCGUUCCUCAAAUAAGGAAAAAUCUGAAAAAUACAAAUGUUUUCUUCAGAGACGCGAGAAAACUUUGUUCUUGGCAUUUUAUUUAUGGGAGAUCGUGCAAUAUCGUUUAUAAUUAUUUAAGCAAAUAUUAGAAUUAAGUCGUAUUAUAAACGAUACUUUGUCUUUUGCAACUUUAUUUGAUAAUUGUACUAUUAAUUUACUAUUAAGUUAAACAAUAACGAGCGAUAAUUUAACAUAUCAGAUGAUUAUUUACCAUGGUUCGUCGGAGUAUGAGUUGUUUCUUUCUUCGACAUAUAAAUACAUCUGCAGCUUAAUAAUGGUUGCGACGAUAUGAUCGAAAUGAUACAAUCGUUAAUUCAAUCCAACGAUAGAAGAGAUAGUGCUCUGGUUUUCUCCGCCUUAUUUGAACUUGACAAUAAAAUAGAAAGACUAAUAUUUUGAAAAUUUUAACAAUAUAUAUAUAUAUAUAUAAAUAUAUAAAUAAAGUAUAAUCAACGGAACUGUACCGAAGACAAUAAUUAUUGUUAAGAGAUAUUCUUGUAAUCUGUACGUGCAAUCGACACGGAUGCGAUUUCAAUUUUUCUUUUACACAUCAAUGACCGAUAAUUGUGCAUGCAAAAAUUGUGAAUUCUUUUUGAAGACCAAAGAAAAAAAAAAAAGAAAAGAAAAAGAAAAGAAAGAUGAAAACGCACCGUUGACAUUUUGUUCAGUGUGCUUAUUCGAACUUCGUGUGUAUCGAUUGCACGUGCAAUCGGUUUAACUUUCAACCCUUAAGCACUCGAUUGAGAGGGCCGCAAAACUUACGUUGUAACUCUUACUUUUCGAACAAGAACUUUUGUUAGAUGAACAUAUCAAGGGUAACACAACUAUUGAACGAACAAAACCAAAACGUUUUACUUGCACGAAAACGAAGGAGGGAUAAUAUUGUGUUUUUAUCUUUAGAACACUAGAACCACUGAGGUGGUCUCAACAUGAUUAACUCAUAAUUUUCGUCAGAUAUAUUACAGAUGAAAAACAGUGUAUUUCUAGAGAUUUUUUUUUUUUAUAAACCGCCUAAAUAAAAGCUUGCGUAUUCUAUUGUACCUUACAGUUUUUCUAUUUUUUUUUUUUUUUUCGUUGCAAUAUCUCUGACGAAAAUUCUUGGUGGUUCUAGUGUUGAUUUGCCAUGCGAACGUUAUGCGAAUAAGAAACACGAGCUUAAGGGUUCUAAUUAUACAUAAUGACAAUAAAUAUAAACGUUUCUUGUGACGAGGUAGGUUAAAAAAAAAAAAAAAACAGACAUUCACACGGCUUAAUCCACGCUCUUGUGCUGAGAAUUAACCACUUUCAACUCUUGUGACAGCGUACAAAAACCUAAAAAAAGAAAAAAAAGAGAGAGAAAAAAGGAAAAAGAAACUUCUGAACAAUUAUAUAGAACAGUUUGAUACCAAUCGCGGUUCUAAUAUUUGACUAUAAAUACUUUAUACUUGUAUACAUCUAUUUGAAUACGACACGGUGCGUAUACUGCACAUAAUAACACAUAACAGAGGAUACACGUAUAUAUAUAUAUAUACACAUAUAUAUGUAUAUAUAUCAAUGUUAUGCAUACACGUAGAACCACGCGUACAUUACAUGCAUAUCAAGGUACACGCAAAUAUAAUAUAUAUUUGUUAUACUACCUAUUGACUAUUAUUAUGUUGACUGGUGUGUUAAUUAAGUUUUAAAGAAUGGAUCUUUCCGGCUGAGAUUCUUCAAUAGCAGAAUCAGUGCCUGAUAUCCAAGCUAGAGACUGGUUGGAAAUCUCUUUGGAUACAGAUUAUUAAGCUAUUCAUUCACCUUCCUUUCGGCUGUCUCAAUGUAAGAAGUUUCUGUUCUUCGAAUGUGUACAGCGACAUACUAAACAUGUAUACAUGUGUGAAAAAAAUCACUAAAAAAAAAAAAAGAAGAAUUAUAUCCUGGGCGAUGUUAGAAAUAGUAUAUUUAUGUAAAACUCUACAGGUGAAAUUAAUUUAAGGCGCGGGAGGCAUGUCAGGGGUCGGAGCAUCAAAUCUUCCUCAACGUGAAUCAACAAGGGUCGUAUGUGUACAAUAACGUAAUUUAUUUUUUUUACCUUCUGGAUUUGAACGCACGUGCUCCUUAAUUAUCUACAAGUUUGAUACUUGGACCCUGGAUUGUCUCUGAAAUACCAACUAAAAUAAAUUAGUAAGAACACGCUUCGAAUUUCCUGCCCUAAUAAUUGUUCAUUUCGCUCGACACUCUCCUUUUUAUGUUUGAAAUAUAACUAUGACAAUAUUAGCUAUGGCAAA